AUGCCUUGCAUCACUAGUGAAUCGUUGCUUGAUAUGCAGAAUCGAUUAGUGGUUGAUGAAUUAAUGUAUGACAAAUUUUCAUUGGGAGAAGAGCAUAAAAGACUAUUGAAUUCCCUCACUGAUGAGCAGAGAGUUGUUUAUGACAAAAUCAUUUCGGCAGCUAGAGCGGCAUCUGUUAGAUCAAAAGCUGAAAUAGUACUUAAUGUUGCUUCUAGCGGAAUUGCUUCUCUUUUGCUUCUUGGAGGACGAACAUCACAUUCUAUAUGUCUUAUUCCUAUUCAGAUCAAUGAAGAUUCAACGUGUAAUAUGAAGUCAAAUUAUACUAUAGCUGAGUUGCUGUCAAAAACGAAGUUAAUCAUUUGGGAUGAAGCACCGAUGCUACAUAGAUUUUGUUUUGAGGCUUUGGAUAGAACACUUAGAGAUGUUCUUAGAUUUUCUAACACGAGCUGUGUUGAUAUGCCAUUUGGUGGAAAAGUUGUUGUUUUAGGAGGUACCACUCGUAAUGUGAAGGAAAUAAAAGAAUUUUCUGAGUGGCUACUUAAAAUCGAGGAUGGUGAUCUUGGAGAUGAUGAUGACGGAGAAUCUAUUAUAAAAAUUCCAGAUGAAUUGUUGAUUACAAAAUUAGAAGAUCCGCUUUCAGAUCCAAUGUUUUUCAAAGAAUGUGUUAUUCUAACUCCUAAAUUGUCCGAUGUUGCUAUGUUGAACGAGCACCUGAUGUCUAUGAUUCCUGGUGAAGAAAGGACAUUUUUUGAGUUCAGAUAA